AUGCCAGGAACAAUAGGGUAUAUGGCACCAGAGUACGGAUCCAGUGGAAAAGUAUCAAGAAAGAGUGACGUAUUCAGCUAUGGGAUCAUGCUUCUUGAAGUGCUUACAAGAAAGAAGCCAACAGAUCCAAUGUUUCGUGGACAACUAAGCCUAAAGAUGUGGGUCAAUCAAGCAUUUCCAAGAAAACUUAUCGAUGUUGUGGAUGAAUGUUUACUGCAAGACCCUUCAAUUAGCUGCACGGAUAACUUCCUUGAGUCAAUGUUUGAAUUGGGUUUACUAUGCCCAAGUGACAUACCUGACGAAAGGGUGAGGAUGAGUGAUGUGGUUGUGACACUGAACAAGAUAAAGAAAGAUUAUUCUCGUUAUACAACAGUAGCAGGUCCCACAUCAUUUGGUGCUGUCGAUAGCAUUUCAAUGUGCAUGUAA